AGAGGGAAGAAAAAGACUCAUUAAACCAAGUUGUUCUCAGCACUCGUUCUGCAACACAGACUCUCUCUCUCUUUCUUUCUCUCUCUCACACACACCACACACACUCGCUGUUAAACAUAAAGCAGAAGUGGACACGAAGACACGCUUUCAGGCGCCGCGGUUGGCUAUGGCUCAGGGCUCUGACAGCAAUGACACAAGUUACAAGUCCCCAUCACCUGGAAGCAGGCCGAGUUCUUCAGAUGAUGUGAAGAAAGUGAUGCGGAGAGAGAAGAACCGGAUCGCUGCUCAGAAGAGCAGGAUGAGGCAAACUCAGAAAGCUGACAACCUGCACUUGGAGAGUGAGAACCUGCAGAAGGAGAACGCCGCCCUGAAGAAGGAGGUGAAGCAGCUGACGGAGGAGGCCAAGUAUCUGUCCUCAGUGCUGAGCAGCCAUGAGCCCCUGUGCACCGGCCUGGCCCCUCAGACCCCCGAGCUCCUCUACCCUCCUCACCACAGCAGCUACCACCACCAGCACAUCACUGUACCACACUACCAGCACUGACCUGACGGAGGACGUGCUGCCAACAGAAGACUGACCUCAAUGGAGAGAGAGACUGACUGGAGAAGUGUCUUUAAGUGUUAUUCAUUGUUCAAAACAUGAACAUUAACAUGGCAGGCCAUAUUUAUGUCGGACAAACAAUGACAGUGCGGAUCCCAAACUGUGACAAGCCGUGUUCAAAAAUAUUUAUUUUGCUUGUGCUCAUCUCUUUGCUUAAACCUGAUAAAUAUCAGUGAUCUGUGUGUUAACUGAAACGGCUCGAUGUGUAGAAUUAUCAACCAGUAUAUGUUUACAUUGGGAGUUCCUACUGUAUGCUCAGGUGACUCAGAAGACACAGUAUUUUUGUAAAUGUUUUGUGUCAUCCUGUCAUGUUUUGAGUUUCUCGUGUUUUUAUAAUGUGUGUAAAUGUAGAUUGUUAAUGCUCAGGAGAUUUUGACAGAUUUGAUUGUGGACAAAGAGAAUGUAAAGUCGAGAUCCUAAAAAAAAGGCUCUGAUGUACCAAAAGAAAUUGUCUGGUAGUGAAGAAUGGGCAUUCUAAGGGUCUCGACAUGUGUAUUGCUGAUAAUGCUGAUGUGGGAGAAGACCCAGCAAAAUAUAUUUAUUAAAUGUGAUACCUUUUAGGUGAACAAUUCUGACCUCUA